AUGAUAUUUGACCCAUCCUCAAUCCCACAUCUCAAGCCAUGGCUCGUUAGGACUCUGGAACCAAUAUGCGACGCUGAACCCGGAGCCCUUGCUGAUUAUAUUCUUGCCCUACUAAAACAUAAUGUGCCAGAAAGCGAGAUGAGGAAGGAGCUGGCAGUUCAACUCGAUGAAUUUCUGGAAAAAGAAUGUGCUUCCUUUAUUGAUACAUUAUUCACCGUUCUUAGGACGAAAUCUUAUUUACCCUACGGCGCUACUCCUUCCUCACCGUCCUUCGCCUUAAAAUCCCUUGAUAAUGGCAUUCCGAUCCCUCUCGACGGUUUAUUGAAUAAUGCAAUGUCAACCUCUUCGCCGGAACGAACUCGCAAACGAAGUGUUACGAAUGACGAGCGUGAUGGACGUCCACCAGCAAAAGGGCCAAGAUUGAACUCCGACGGACAGUUUUCGCGUUAUGGCAACGGAAAUGGUCGAACAGAUGUUCGGUCAACGGGGGGUUGGGGAGGCCACAUUGAAAGGCCGCAGGCUAUGGGUUACAGAGACACGGGCAUGGACGGAUAUGGGCUACCAAUCGGUGGAGGAAUGGGGAUGCAUGGAGGUCCAAUGAAUGGCAGACAACCGCAGGCGUAUCAUCCCCCCGAUCAAAAACGAGGAAUCUGUCGGGACUACCAUAACAACGGCUACUGUGCUCGCGGAGCCAUGUGCAAAUAUAGCCACGGAGACGAUGCUGUCGUGCCAGGGCAGUUGUAUCCAAUGAGUGGACCUACUGGUGGGAUGCCCUUUCUUCCAAUGUUUCCAGGGGCUCCAGGCGUCGUACCAUUUGGUUCCAGUGCGGUCUACGAUCCUCACGAAGCACGAAUGGAUUUAAGACCGCCUAACCGCACUCAUCAACGCGCGCCAUUGUUGCCUCGUAUUCAACAGGAGGAUGGAAGUCGUGUUGUACACCCCGUCAACGCUUCCGGGGAGCUCCCUGUCAUUCAAGACCUGACACCCAGUUUGCCUCCUGACUCGACCACAGCUCAGUCUGAACCUGAAUCCAAGUCUCAAUUCCAUUCGCCACAUCAACAACACAUACACCAACAGCCCCACCAAUUACCUCAAAUGCCUCAGAUGGAUAACUUUGACUAUGGUGGCGUGCCAGGUCCGAUAAACGGGCAUAAGAUGUACAUGCCCAUGGGAGCACCUAUGGAUGUUGAAGUGAGUGGCUCGGAGAUGAGGGGUUCAACACAAAGCAGAGGCAAUUUUCGUAGUCGUGGGGGAGGAGGUGGCAGAGGGACGUUUGGUGGAGAGGUACACAACUUCCGUCCGGAACGUCGAAAUGACAAGACUCUCGUGGUGGAGAAGAUCCCAGAAGAUAAGCUAUCGUUGGAACAAGUUAACGGAUGGUUCAAAAAGUUUGGCACCGUUACGAAUGUUGCUAUCGAUUCUAUGAACGCCAAGGCAUUGGUCAGCUUCUCGACGCAUGAAGAUGCCCAUGCUGCGUGGAAGUCCGAAGACGCUGUCUUCGGAAAUCGAUUUGUCAAGGUCUUUUGGCAUCGGCCAAUGGAAGGCCAUGGCCAGGUUGGUGCCCGAAUGCUAGCCGCUUCCGCACCAUUAGUGGCGAACAUUUCUGCCAAGGAAACUUCAACUCGACCUACGGCAGUCACUUCGACCACUGCCGCUUCGUCUUCGUCAUCGACAAGUAGUCGCAAGUUGUCAGUCACGCCUUCCGCUACGGCUAACGCCCUUGCGGCAAAACAGCAGCUGCUUGAACAGCAGAUUGCUGAACAGAAGUCCCUAAUGGCAUCUUUAGCAACGGCCUCCGCAGAGGAGAAAAAGACCAUUAUGGCCAGGCUGCGGAAAUUAGGGGAAGAGAUGACCACUACACCCACCGUACCCGCCCGUGUCCCGUCCCCGAGCGGCGCCAAAAAAUUGACUCCCAAGCAAGAUGUGCACGACCGGAAGGAGCGAGAGCGGCUUGACAAGGAGCUUGAGAUGCACAGUGCUGUCGCGGAAGGUGAGGAUAACGCUGAGGAUUUAAAGACAAAAUUGGAGAGGCUCAAAGCCGAGGCAGCUAGUUUGGGCAUUGCUGAUACAAGCACAGAGCAGUCAUGGGGCGGGUCCCACCGCGGAUAUCGAGGCCGUGGGCGGGGCCGCAGUUUCUUUCGCGGUGCUACCGCCAUGCGUGGUGGUCCGCCACGAGCUAGUAUGAAACUCGACAAUCGACCGAAGAAGUUGCUAGUUAAGGGUGUGCGUGAAGAAGGCCUACAAGCACUGCGUGAUUGGUAUGAGACGACAGGCCAAAUGGAAGCCACCGAGCAAACCGAUGGUGGAGAUGUAAUCGUCUCUUUCAAAAGUCGGGCGUCGGCGGAACAGGGACUAGCCAAAGGCAACAGUAUUCCAACAAUUGGUUCAGUACAGAUUACAUGGUACACCGGUAAACAGGGGGGCAAUGGAGCACCUGCUGCGAGCCCUCAACCAACUAAACCCAGUGCUACGCCCCUUAGGGAAAGCAGGGAAUUGAAGUCACCAGAAAUCCCCGAAUCCCUAUUGCAAGAGGAGGAAGUUGUCGCUAGUGGUUGGGGCGGGGAUGGGGACGAUGGUGAUGGCAUGGGCAUGCUUUGA